AUGCUCCUCGGAGUCGUUAUUUCUAUUUUUGUACUCGCCAUAUCGGCCAACGCCAACUGCGAUGUGUCUGCACUCAACACCGAGACUGAAAAGGAGCUCGGACUUCGGAUUUGCCAUCUUGAGGCGGAGAUGCAAGUCGUCCAAAGAGCCUUGCAGGAGGUGAUGCAGCAGACGGACGUCACAUUGUACGAUCAAGAAGUUCCGGUGAUGAACAAACGCAAGAACGAGUUUAUCCGAUUUGGAAAACGUAGUGAGGGAAUGGAGAAGCGAAAGAACGAGUUCAUCCGGUUCGGAAAGAGAAAAAAUGAGUUCAUCCGAUUCGGAAGAUCCGAUAAAGGACUAGGACUUGACAAUGACGUUUCCAUGGAAAAGCGAAAGAACGAAUUCAUCCGAUUCGGUUAA